GGAAAGCCUACCGUUGUCCCUGGUGGAACGACAUCCGGGUAUGAGAAGUGAAUAAGAAAAGGCAUAAAGGAGUGAUGAGAAGGUCUGACUUUACGAAGACAGCCAUGCCAAGAGGAGGGAAGGGGACACGGCCGCCUUCGCCUGUUGUGUAGGUUAGGUUAAAGAUGCAUUUAGAUAUUUCUCGGUGGAGGGCGUCGCUUCAGGGUGAGGGGCAUGGAGAGCAGGCAAAGGAGGUGCCACGAGAGGAGGUACCACAGGAAGAGGUCCAGGGUACUCAGCGAGAGAGAGGGAUGGGCGAUGAGGGGAGACGUGCAGGGAAGGAAGUGAUAGAGGUUGGAGAGGACACGCCCCCACAGACGCCAGCAGUGGGUUUGAGACUCGGGGAUGCACCAGGGAGCACCCGGCAGACAAAUGAGGGGUUGCAAAGAGAAGAGACCCCUUUACCUUCGUCAGAAAAAGCUCCUUCGCCAGAAGGGGGGGCAGAAAGGAGGAGAGAGAGGGCAGUUGUAAGGAGAAAAACUUUGAUCCUGAUUAAUAGGCACCUAGCAGCUCAUGCCCUGGAGCACCCAGACUUGGAGGAGCCAGCACCUGCAGAGCCAUGCCAGGAGUCAUGCCAGCCCGAGAAGGAGAUGGAAGCAGAAAUCCCAAAGAGGGUCGACCUCCGCACGAGGGAAAGGGUGCCAGCUGGAGAGACGGCCGACGAAAAGAGGGCAAGACGAACCAGGCGGAUAGAUGAGAUAUGGCAGGAGAGGCAGAGGUUGGAGGCAGCGGGGGAGCUCCCGGAGCAGCAGCAGGAGAGGCAGAGAUCGGAGGCAGCAGGAACACUCCCGGGUCAGCCGCCCAGCGCGCCAGCCAAGGCUCCGGAAAUUCCUGAAAUGUGGAGAGACUUCUGGGAGCAGAGAGGAGAGGACCUUCCAUCGCCAGUCAGAGCCGGGUUUGGGGUGGCCAGGAAGGCGGAAGAAAGGUUAGAUCGUAAAAUCAAGUUCUUGGCCAAGACCACUUUUGACCGGCACUUGUUAUUGGAGGGCGAUGUGGCGGGGAAGAAAAUGAAGGAAGCCAGCCAUGGAGUACGUCUGGAGGCUAUGGAGGUGGAAAUUCAGGAACUUAGGGCUUUGGUGGCCAGCCAGGCAGCUAUCAUUGAGAGCCUGAGGCAACAAACCCAGGGAAAGGUGGACAGACCAGAGAGCAGCUGGCAGGGAGAGCAGAGGCAGCCAGGACAGGGAUUGCCAGGACAGCCAUCUGCGACAGAGCCUCGCCAGGAGCCGCCUAUGGGGAGAGUUAUCCUGGAGACAGAGGAGGCGAGAGCCCAGAGACAGGCAGAGAGAGAGGCGUUCGAGUUUAGAGCCCCUACUGAGCUCGCGACGCUGCCGGUGGCGGCGGCAGGCCCAGUCGUACCUUUGGCAGUAGAGGAGGGGCUGCUACCAUCUAGCAGUGAGCCGGCUCAGGGCUCGACAGAGGGGUCCAUGGGCGUGCUCCUUGAGGCGGUGCAUACUACGCAGGAGGAGGUGAGUUUGUUUUCACCUGAGCAGAGGAUAGAGGAGCCUCUUGAGAGAGAGAUGGGGAUUGAGGUGGAGGGUGCCAUCGAGGGCAGACUCCAGAGGAUAGGCACACCUGAGUAUGGACCAGAGGAGAUUGAGGAGCAGCCCACGGCAGUGCCAGGGGCGGCACUCGAGAGGAGGCCUCAGAGGUUUCCAGCGACAGAGGAUUUGAGAGGCAGACUAGGAUCUUGGGCUACUUGAUCUGGGUCUGGUGGACCAGUUCCGGGGACAGAGCGGCAGGAAGUCGUUGGUACCGCAACU